AUGUAUCUAUUUUUCUUUACAUCUUUCCUCCAAGUUCCCACUAACCAAACAUUUUAUAUUUUUUGGUUUGUAACCCCCCCUUUUUUUUCCUUUUCUUUCUCCUUUCAAAACUUACCACCCUCACUCUAUCUUAAUCUCUCUCACUCUCUCCCUUUCUUUCAACCUGUACCUUCUCUCUCUUUCGCUUUCUCUUUCUCUGUACUUUACCUACCUUUCCUUUUAAUUAAAUUUUUUAUUUCUCUUUCGUUUACCUGCCAUUCUUUUCUCUUUCUCUGUUUACCUGCCAUUCCUUUUGAUAUAAGCUUUCUUUUUCUUUCUUUUGGUCUCUAUAUUUUACCUAUUUCUCUUUCUCUCUAUUUACCUGUUCACAUCUUUAUAUAUAAGCUUUCUAUUUCUCUUUCUCUUUCUCUUUGGUUUACCUACCAUAUAUUUUAUAUAAGCUUUCUAUUUCUCUUUCUCUCUAGUUUACCUGUUCACAUCUCUAUAUAUAAGCUUUCUAUUUCUCUUUCUCUUUUUUUUAUCUGCCAUGUAUUGAUUCUUCUUUAUUUACAACACUUUUUUUUAAUAAUUCUCUUCAGUCUCUCUUUGAUAUUCUUUCUAUACAUACAUUUUUCUCUCUUAUUCUCAAUCUCUUUUUUUUGCUUUCAUUUUUUUUUCAUUCCUUGUUUCAUUUUUCAUUCUAAAAUAUCUUUGCCUUUAUCAAGUCAGUUCUCCUGCCUUUCAUGCAUUUUCAGUCUUUCUUCAUUGCUUUCCAUUCUCUUUUCUUUCUUUCUUUUAGUCUCUUUUCUUUCUUUAUUUCUUUCUUUCUUUCUGUUAGUCUCCUUUCUUUCUUUAUUUCUUUUAGUCUCUUUUUUCUUUCUUUCUUUCAGUCUCUUUUCUUUCUUUCUUUCUUUCUUUUUUCUUUCCUUCAGCCUCUUUCUUUCUUUCUUUCUUUCAGCCUCUUUCUUUCUUUCUUUCUUUCAGCCUCUUUCUUUCUUUUCUUUCUUUCUUUCAGCCUCUUUCUUUCUUUCUUUCUUUCUUUUUUCAGCCUCUUUCUUUCUUUCUUUUUCUUUUAUCUCUUUUCUUUCUUUCUUUCUUUCUUUCUUUCUUUCUUUCUUUCAUCCAUUUAAUUUUUUCUUUCUUUCUUUCCUGCUGACUGUUUCCCUUUGUAAAAUUAAUUGCUUGUUUUCAGCAUUUCGGGUGAGGGAGGAGGAAUUUUAUUUAAUAUUUCUCUCUUUCUUUCCUGCUUCUAUAAUUUUUUGA